AUGGGCUUACUUCCUUGUUUACCCUGCUCACCACAGUCACAAAUCGUCUCUGCCCUUCGCUGUCAGAUUGCUCAAUGGAGUAAGUUGUGGCGUCUGAUCCAGGGUAGUGAGUGUGACACAUGUAGGGACCUCCCUGUUGAAUUAGCACCAAGGGAGUCAGCCUCUCAGCUGGAUCUAGAACUUGACUACAAAGUAAAACGCUUUCUCAUGGAACGCUAUAUACUUCGGGUUCAUCUUCCUAAUGGAGGAUUUAACAUGGUCAAAUAUGGGGAUGCCACAGAUAUUAAGUCACUUUCUCUUCCCUCCUUUCUUCCCUCUCAAUUUUUACUGUUGCUGCACGUUUUCUCUCCCUCUAUGUUGUCUAUUUCUUUCUACGUGCUUGUUCCCUAUUCCCCUUCUCUCUUUGCGGUGCCUGUUCUCCUCCUUCUCUCUUUGCAGUGCCUGUUCUCCUCCUUCUCUUUUUGCGGUGCCUGUUCUCCUCCUUCUCUCUUUGCGGUGCCUGUUCUCCUCCUCCUCUCUUUGCGGUGCCUGUCCUCCUGCCCUCCCUCCUCUCUUUGCGGUGCCUGUCCUCCUCCCCUCCUGCCCCCUCUCUUUGCGGUGCCUGUCCUCCUCCUCUCCUCCUCCUCCUCCUCUCUUUGCGGUGCCUGUCCUCCUCCUCCUCCUCUCUUUGCGGUGCCUGUCCUCCUCCUCCUCUCUCUUUUGGUGCCUGUCCCUCCUCUCCUCCUCUUUGCGGUGCCUGUCCUCCUCCUCCUCUCUUUGCGGUGCCUGUCCUCCUCCUCCUCUCUUGCGGUGCCUGUCCUCCUCCUCCUCUCUUUUGCGGGUGCCUGUCCUCCCCCCUCUCUUUGCGGUGCCUGUCCUCCUCCUCUCUUUGGGUGCCUGUCCUCCUCCCUCUCUUUGCGGUGCCUGUCCUCCUCCUCUCUUUGCGGUGCCUGUCCUCCUCCUCUCUUUGCCUGUGCGGUGCCUGUCCUCCUCCUCUCUUUGCGGUGCCUGUCCUCCUCCUCUCUUUGCGGUGCCUGUCCUCCUCCUCUCUUUGCGGUGCCUGUCCUCCUCCUCUCUUUGCGGUGCCUGUCCUCCUUCUCUCUUUCACUUCUCUCUUUCACUUCUCUUUAUCCAUUUUACUCUACAACCAUAUACUUAACCUUUCAAAUUUAUUCUUCUAUCUAUCACAUUCACUCAGAUGCAAAGAGAUGUUGA